UAAAAGUAAGAUGAUGUCAAAUUUAAAAUUCAUCACUAAAGAGAAACUUGUAAUUUAAAUAUUGUUGGAAUAUUAUUUAGGCAAAGAAAACUCUUUUAAAUUAUCCAAAUUCCAAAAAUAUAAACAUUUUGUAUUCACACAUAGGGGUGUGGGAAAAUAUUACUCGGCGGCGUCCACUACCCCCCCCCCCCCCCGACCUGACCUGUCCUCAUCUUCCUCUCUCCGCCGUACACGGCGGCGAUCUGAAUCCGUCGCCACCGUGAUCCUCCGUAGCACCACCGUCUCCGAUUUCAGCUCAAUUCUCAGUGCUUAUUUAUUGGUUGUCGGCUGCCUGGAUAUUGAGUGUGAUUUUUUGAGGGCAUAGUCUAAAUAUUGGAAAAGCGAGGGGGUGGGCGAGGUGGGUGGACUACAAUGAGAUUGUUAAGGUCUGCAAGUUCAUCAAAGGAGCAGUACAAUGGAGAGAAAAAUCGUUCUUUGUUGUAUCUUAAUGUAUAUGAUCUCACACCUGUAAACAACUAUCUCUACUGGGCCGGCCUCGGAGUGUUUCAUUCUGGUAUAGAAGUACACGGUCAAGAGUAUGGUUAUGGAGCCCACGACUACCCAUCUAGUGGGGUUUUUGAGGUGGAGCCACGUAGUUGUCCAGGUUUCAUUUUUAGACGGUCAGUACUCCUGGGCAGCACAGACAUGUCUCGUUCAGAAGUUCGGUCAUUUAUGGAACAUAUUUCAGAAAAAUAUCAUGGAGACAGUUAUCAUUUGAUUGCCAAGAACUGCAACCAUUUUGCUGAUGAAGUCUGUUCGCGUCUCACAGGAAAGCCAAUUCCUGGAUGGGUGAAUCGACUGGCACGAGUAGGCUCAUUCUGCAAUUGUAUUUUACCCGAAAGUAUUCAGGUCACAAGAAUCAGACAUCUUCCUGAUCAUCAAGGGUCUUCAGAAGAUGGGACAGAUUCUGGUGCUUCAUCUGUAACUGCAGAUAGCGAGGGGGAAGGCUCUGAUCAUCAGUUGUUAACUGUACAAAAUAGUGAUAUGGCAUUUCUGAAUGAAAAACCAGUGAGACUAGCAAAAGAGCCCGUUUGAUUGAAUUUUUCUUCUUCUUCUUCCCCUCUUUUUUCUUUUUCUUAUUCUAUUUGUUAUUUAAGAAAACCUUUUAUCCCUUGCCUCCAAUUCAUCUAAUCUCCUGUUUGGAGUCCUCUUGUUUGUAUUUGUGUGUGCGUGCGCGCGUGUUCUCAAGUGUAUCUAGUUAACCUGUCCUUUAAACACAUUAUUGUAUUGCUCAAAUAUUCGUUGAGAUGUGUAUUCAGGCAGCGAGUGUAUGUUCAUAUAACAGUCUUCUAGUGUUACUAGGAUUCAAUGGAAUUGCUUUCCCUCGA